AUGGAGACCGUACCGCCUGCGACGACAUGGCAUGAGUUCUCGGCACAUCCGACUUCGAACCCGAUGACACAUCCUUGGGUUACCGGUCUCUUCGACCUCGAUGGAAACAGCACGAGCACUCGAUUCUACCGUCUCCUGUCUCGUCGAGCUGUGGUCCUGAAACAAACAUGGUUCCACGAAUGGCACGACGAUCGUCUUAUACCCUGGGCUCAUUACAUCCUCGUAACCAUGAGCAUGGAGGAGCUUCCAGCAUUGAUGGACUUUCUCAUCAACGACCCCGAGGGCGAGCAAUUGUCUGCUGAGACUAUACGUGGUUAA